AUGACUGCGGUCGUUACUCCAGUUCCUUCAUAUAUUCCAGCCGGUAAGAAUGCCAAAGAAAUCUUGCUGACCUUUGCACGGUCACUUAUUGUCUAUAUGGGAAAGUACUCCGAGAAAUACUUUGAUCCGGAAAGCGAUUACGAGCCGAUUCCUGAAAAGCCACGAAAAACUGCAACGGCCGACGGCGAUGUGCCAAAAAAUUAA